CCCCCCGCAAGACCUUUAAAAGCCGCGCUCGCCCCUUUACUCCUCGUUGGGUCCGUCCGUCCUCCCCUCCGGCCCUUCGCAGUGGCACAGUCCACCUGGACUCCGCCCUUUCCCGGCAACCGACUGUGCCCCGGGAAAACCAAUCGCUGGCCGAUCGUUGCUUGGGCGGCUGGGAAGCGGCGAUCUGGACGCUGGGCUGAUCGAUCCACGCUGCCUGGCUUCUUGCGUGCCCUGUGCGCCGCGGGCUCUUCGCGCGUGCGUAGUGCGCCGCGCUCCCUUUCUGCCUCCUCUGCCGCCAUGGCGCCCAUGAAAAAGCCUGUGGCGAAGGGAGGCAAAAAAAAGAAGCAGGUUUUGAAGUUCACCCUUGACUGCACCCACCCUGUAGAAGAUGGGAUCAUGGACGCUGCCAAUUUCGAGCAGUUCCUCCAGGAGAGAAUCAAGGUGAACGGGAAAGCUGGGAAUCUUGGCGGAGGGGUUGUGACCAUUGAACGGAGCAAGAGCAAGAUCACUGUCACAUCUGAGGUGCCUUUCUCCAAAAG